GAGUAGUUAAGCGAGCUGCAGGGUAAAGGGUCAGAAGAGGAGGAGGAGUGUAUGUUGACUACAGAGCAUAUGAACAGAGACUGGAGCUGUGGACUCACAGGUCUAUACUGAGACACUACUGACUACUGGAGUCUAUACUACAGGACUACGGACACACUGCUGAAACUACUGGACUGUUGGUCUGAAACUGAACAGAAUCAUGUACUGCGCUUCCUAUCCGGUCUCUUCCGGGACCACCAGCAAUAACCUGAUGUAUUGCUACAUCAAAUCGGUUUACGAUCAAUCUCCAAGUCACCACGACCUCAACCUUGACUCCUCCUCACACCCCUCCUCCUGUGGCGAACAACAGGGGAUUAACAGUUCACCUGACAUGUGGAACUCCAAUGGAAUGAACCAGGCUGGCUAUGGAGGAAUGGGAGGGGCCUCAGCCCACCAAUCAGGAAGCUACAGUAACCUGCAACCAUCACACAAUCACCUGGUCUAUUCUCCCCAUUCAGUCUCACCUGUAGAGGUGAACAGGGGUCUUCCUCCUAUGUCUACCUUCCACCGUAGCAACCCUGCUUCAUCUCACUCCCUGUCAGCCAACAGCUCAGAGAACACCACAGGAAACCCCUCUACAGGAUGGUCUCAGACCGGAGCAACCCUGGGGAAAGCACUGGCUUCUAUGUAUUCUCCUGGCUACACUAGCGUCAGUGAAAACUCCUCCACACCAGAGAGGUCUCCAUCUCCACACACAGGGUCUGCAACGGGUCCCCCAGCUAACCAAGCCUCUCUCUCCUCCAGCUACCAGGCCUCACCUAUAUCACUGUCUCCGUUGGAGGAUCGUCUAGACAGACUGGAUGAUGUGAUCUAUGUGCUGCGUAACCAUGCGGCAGGACCCAUCCCCGGCCUGCCCUCUGACAUCCACAGCCUGUUAAACCAGGCUAACCUUGGACACAGACCCACCAUGGCACAUGACACAGCCAUGGUAGAGGCUGUCAAUCUGAACAACAACAACCACCACGCUGUGUUGCAGAAUAAACAUGGCCACUCCUUCCCAGCGGGUCUCCCUGCAGGACUAGGUGGCUUGGAACUGAAGUCGGAAGGUCUGGAGAAAGAUGAGCAGUAUGAGCUACAUCACAGCCAUCACAACCAGGGUCACAGCCACAGCCAUCACAGCCAGGGUCACAGCCACAGCUCUGACUGCCACAGCCAGCGCUCCGACGAGGAGAGCGUGUCACACAAGACACAAGGAGACAGCAUGACCAGCAGCAUCCAUGAGGAUGAGGACAACCUGAGUCCGGAGCAAAAGGCUGAGCGGGAACGAGAGCGCCGGAUGGCCAAUAACGCCCGCGAGCGCCUUCGUGUCCGUGACAUCAACGAGGCGUUCAAAGAGCUGGGUCACAUGACCCAGCUGCACCUGAAGAGCGAGAAGCCCCAGACCAAGCUGCUUGUUUUACACCAGGCCGUGGAUGUAAUACUUAGUCUAGAACAACAAGUCAGAGAGCGUAACCUGAACCCUAAGACAGCCUGUCUGAGGAGGAGGGAGCAGGAGAAGAUGUCAGCUGGGUUAACAGAUGCCCAGGUCCUGCAGCAACACCAGGCAUCACAACAUCCUGGACUAGACGCUACCAACCCCAUGGGCCAUCAUGUCUAAGCAUCUAAAACAGGCACAAUGAAGUGUGUAGAAGGAUCAUCUCAAGAUGGUGAAAGACCAUCCAAUGACAUUCAGUGUUAUCUCUGGGACCCAGUAGCGAAGAAACAGAAGGAUUCUCGUGGGGGAGGAGG